CACUCAUCACUCCAGUUUUGUAAUUCCAUCCAUUUCAAUUACAAAACAUCCAAAGGGAAGACGGGAAAAAGAGGGAUUCUAUAAAAUCCUUCUUCCUCUCUCACAACGACCGUUUCCAUUUUCUAUUUCCAUCGCAUGUUCUCUGAGCUCCGGCUCCAUUAACGGAGCCUAGCUCAUUCACCAAACUCCAAUUUUUCGUUUAGAUCUCUCUUCUUCCUCUAUUUCACUACUUGCGAUUCCUGGAUCUCGAGCUUCAGCCAAGCCAAACCAAACGAGAUACAAAUGUCAAAACCCUGGGGUGGAAUCGGAGCCUGGGCCGCUGAUGCCGAGCGUGCUGAGGAUGAGGAGCGAGAGGCGCAAGCUGCUGCGGCCGCUUCCCAAGCAGAAUCCAAGAAUUUCCCUAGCCUUAGGGAAGCCGUCAGCACCAAGCCCAAGAAAAAGAAGAUGUCGCUGUCGGAAUUCACUAUGGGGACCUUGACGGGUCAUGGCGCCGGCGGUAGGCUAACGGACAGCCAGGGCUUGACCCCGGAGGAGAUGAUUCGGCUUCCAACUGGUCCAAAAGACCGCUCUGGUGAGGAAGUACGUUCUGGCCGGCUCGGUGGGGGAUUUCCCACUUAUGAUCGCCAAGGUAUGUCUGCUGGUCGAUUUCGAGACCGUGAUGAUGGCGAUGGGUCCUGGGGUGGUGGUCGACGAUCUUAUGGCGGGUUUGAUGAGGAACGCAGGGGCUCAUCUCCUAGGGCUUCCAAUUUCGAUCAACCUUCGAGGGCUGACGAGGUGGAUAAUUGGGCAAUGACGAAGAAAUCGCCCACAUUGGAUUCAGGUCGACAAAAUAGGUAUGGGUCGCUAGGCGGUGGUGUGGGUGGAAUUGCAUCUAGGGCAGACGAGGUCGAUAACUGGGCACGUGAGAAAAAGCCUAUUCCAUCGAGAUCCUCCACAUUCGGUUCCGGUUAUCGUGAGGCGAAUGAGCCUGAUCGAUGGGGUAGAGGCCGUUCACGUGAUAGUGUCACAGAACGGCCCCGAUUAGUGUUGGAUCCACCCAAAGGUAAUGUCGUAACAAAUGAAGCAACAAGGACGAACAAGCCAAACCCUUUUGGAGCAGCAAGGCCGAGAGAGGAGGUUUUGGCCGAGAAGGGAUUGGAUUGGAAGAAGCUGGAUACAGAAAUUGAGGCCAAAAAAACCAGUAGGCCAACUAGUGCUCACUCUAGCAGGCCUUCGAGUGCUCAAUCCAACCGUUCGGAGGGUCCAGGAUUACAGGGCGUAGAAAAUGUGGUGAAGCCGAGGCCAAAAGUCAAUCCAUUUGGGGAUGCCAAACCUAGGGAGGUUUUGCUGGAGGAACGUGGCAAGGAUUGGCGAAAGAUAGAUCUGCAACUUGAGCACCGUGCUGUUGACAGGCCUGAAACAGAAGAGGAAAAGAUGUUGAAGGAGGAAAUUAAUGUUCUAAGAAAGGAACUUGAGGAAGGCUUACAUCUGAAUACCAACAAAGAAUCGGUGCAAGAAUCUGCUGGAGAGAUGCAAAACCUGCGUGACAGAAUAAAUAAAAAAGAACGUGAACUGGAGACUUUGGUCCUUGAUUUGGAUGAUAAAGUUCGGUUUGGGAAGAAAGCCACUGAAAGACCUGGCUCUGGAGCAGGCAAGGCUGCUGCCUUUCAAGAAAGACCGCCUUCUCAAGGAUCCUUUGAUGAGUCCAGAAGUUUUGAGUCUAUGGACAGACCUCGAUCACGAGGCACUACAGAUGUAUGGAGUAGGUCUGCUGAUGAUAGAAAACCAAUCCAAGGUGCCAGAGAUGGAGGAUUUUUGGGUAACAGAAACAUAGAGAGGUCGAGGGAUAGAUGGUAAGCUUGCUUUGUGGAUACCAUUGAUUUUACGAUCUUGUUUGAGUAUCGGAAGCCAAGAUACAUUGGUCUCACCUUUUACGAUGUUUUUUCUUUUCUUUUUUGAGCUCCAGAAAUUGGAGCGAGAGAACUACUUGUCUGGUGCCAAACUUUUGUUACCCUUCAAACGAUGUAAAAUUGCUAUUUUUUUCUUAUUUUUGUUGAAAUUGAGGAGCCUGUAUUAUGGUUAGGACUCGAAUUAUAACCAGACAGUUGGGAUUCCCUAGUUCUUUUUUUCUUC